AAACGAACGAACUUUGAAAGUAAAUCACAAAAGUAUUUUUUUAGGAAAUAAAUAUUAAACCUAAUUAUUAAGAAAGGAGGACAACUUCAGAGCCUUGAAAAAACCAGCUACAGUUCUGUGGGCCUUAUUCCCUUACCUCAGCAUCGAUAAAGAUGUUCCGUGAUCGCUUUAUUGACCUGAAAUCAUCGUUUUAAUAUUCAUACAAAAUUUUCACAAGCAUUGUUUGACCAGCUAUGGCUAAUUCAAAUUAUUUGUCAAUUACCGAUAUUUUAGUUUCAAAUGAAAAAGUGCCUUGUAAAUUUUUACACGAUUUGCCGAAAAUGGGAUUUCUAGAUCCGUCAGCAGUAGACGAUGAUUUAAAAGCUGGAACAAAUGUAGAGAUUCCCCUGUGGUUAGCUGAAUCUCUACAUUCGAGGAGAUCACCAUUAGUUGCUAUAGAUUUACCCAAAAUUUAUAAAGAUACUUAUAGAGAAAUCCUGAAUGCUGAUGCUUGUACUGUAGACAUGCAUAAAUUGAAUCAACAUUUCUAUGAAUUAGGAUGUUACAUUGCCAAACAUGAUAUUAAAGGGGAAGUUGCUAACACCCUGGUAAAUACAUUUAAGCAAAGAUUUAAGUUGCUACUUACAGCAAGUGUGUCUACUGAUUCCAUAGGCAGUAUGCAACCUUUAUCUGCCAGUGAAAGAAAACAUGCAGCUGCAGCAGCCAUUACGGAAAAUGCUAUUUCAACAUGGCUUCGGAGAGGAAACUGUCCUCUUCAGACCGCAAAUAUGGUAGCUAAUCACAGAAAACGGAAAAGAGCAGAAAUGGAAAUGUUUUAAUGAAAAGUG